AUGGUUCCAAGCUCCUUACCAAAGCCAAUCACACAGGCUUACAACAGAUCGCUUGAGCUUUCCAAAGCGGAUCCCCUGGUGUCAUACUUCUGUAAGCUUUAUGCUGUGGAACAGAUCCUUGAUAGUGGAUUGCACACUAGCGAUGAUGCAGUUGCUCAGUUUGCGAUGAAAUUGAUGGAUGAAAUUGAGGAGGCCCGCAAAGGCGAUGAUGUUGUUCUUCAAGAGGUUAUCCAUGAUAAAGAGACUAGCAUUGCCUACGUGGUUAAUUUUGCCAAUAAGAUCUUUGCAAGUGCCAAGCUACAAAUCAAGGAGCAGAAGAGUGCGAAGAGCACUGCCAUGGCACUGCUCGCCAGUGUAAACUUCUAUGAGCUCUUGAACUUAUGGCCGGACGAACAUCAGAGGUUGGAGGAUACAGAAGAGCUGAGUAAAAAGAUCAAGUACGCUAAGUACCAUGCUGCUCGUAUCCUGAAGGCUCUAAAGAAUAACGAGGAUCCUAAUGAGUACGUUGCACCAGAGGAGCAGGUCGUUGAGUCUUCAAAUGAACUAGUUGAAGCGCAUGAGCCAAGUGCGAUAGACGAAGCCCCACCAAAUUUUGUCGAUGACCAUGAAGAUGGCGACGAACCUGCCUUGAACUUACCGUCAAUCCCAUCAUCCAAUCCAACAGCGGAGUUCUCACUCCCAGAACCACCAAAGGAUGUACCAAGACACAGCUCACCUCCAGUGAAUGCACCUUCUUUGAAGAGCCCAAGGAGAUCUGUAGAGGAACAGCACGAGGAGGUUAACGUUGAAGAGAUACUGGAGAGCAGUGAAGUCUACUCAAAGGCUCAAAAGCAUUCCAAAUUCGCCAUCAGUGCAAUGAACUACGAGGACACACCAACUGCAAUCAAGGAAUUGGAAGAGGCCCUCAGGUUGUUGAGAACUUUGGAGUGA